UUAGGCAGAGGACUACACACGAUAGCCAAGGUCACCAUCGUAACAACGCAAUCUGGAAAAGCACUUGGUCACUCACACGAUGGCCGCAGCAGCGGCGGAAGAAAACUUAAUGGUAGAAGGGGCGGAGGUACCACCUCAGCCGGUCCAGGAGGACUCAUUCGAUGAAAGGGCGCGUAUACUCAUUUCCAAAUGUUACGAUGAGGGAAUCGCCCCAGAGGAUGUGCCGAUUGAUGAUGUGGUCAUAGAAGGAAACGAAGCGGUCGUCACUGUAAACGAGAAAUUUGACGAAUUGAAAAUCGCUUGGUUAAAGGAAAGGACGGUGGUGAUAAUAUUUAGGGAUGAAGCAAGGAACCUGCCGAGGAAAGUGAAGGAAGACAUAGUAAGAGCUUACGAAAACGGAUGGAGAAAGGAGGGAACUUUCGACCCACCAGUCGAAAGAGGGAGAGUGAAAUUUGAGGGACCCAACGUAAUCUCUUACGUGGCUAAAGACUCGGUGGUAGCACAAUGGAUGGUGAAUGAGGGAGAUGGGGCUGUUAUGUUGAAAGGUAGAAGGUAUGUGUUUGAAAUGAAGGCAUGGAUGACCCGGGUAGACUGGAAAGAAUUUCGCAAGACUGAGCUGGAGAAUACCUUUUGGGUCCUAGCGAUCCAGGUUCCAUUAGAUGCGUACGUAUACCUUCACGCCGCUCUCAAUCGAGUAAUCGGUCCAGUUUUGAAAAUGGAUUCUCCAUACCGCUUCACCUCGAAUCCUCGCCUUCUGAAUAUUCGUUGUGAGUUGGAUCCGGAGUACCGAGCGCAUUUCGUCGAUAGGGUGUUGUUUAUGCUCCAGUGUUGGCAAGUCUGCUCUUCUACCAGUUCCUCAGAUUGGGCUCUCGACGAUUCAAAGAUGGGAUCUUUCUCGUGCCGUCGCCGCGACACGCGUUCAUUACCUGCUGCAUCAGUAAUUAAUGGGGGGGGGGAAGGGAAGUCGAUACAUGGCGGCAUGGCGGGGUGGAGGGUUUAUGGGCAGGGGGGGCAGGAGACUUUCCAUUCCGGAUACAGUCUCCGGGAGUUCCUGGUAACGAACAAUGCGUUGGAAACGGGGGAAUCGAUUGCCAGUGCGAGGGAGGGACGCGAGAUAGUCGGGGUAGAGGGUGGUAAAGGUUCGGAAGAGCGCCACGCGGAAACGAUCGCGAUCUUCGCAUGCGGGGAUGGUCCCUGUUAUCACGCAAUAAACCUCAAUCAUAUUGUGGCCUCGCCACGCGGCACUGAGAAGCAAGAUAUGGAGGCAAAAGGCCGGGACGACGCACCGGAGGGAGGGAUGGGGAUGCACUACGACAGCGAGGCGAGCGGCGUAGAAGUGGCGGAAGGUACUGCGGGGGAACAGAUUGGAGGGGAACGUGACGGGGGUGGUGAGCUGGCGAAGGGUGAGGUAGUCAAGGGGACGGCGAGAGAGUGAUCGGGGAUGAAGGCCGAUCGCCCGUAUCGGUACGUCGGCGAACUGGGGGACGGGUUGGGGAGGAGGGGGAUCGACUUCGUCGCCGUGUCGAUGGGGCCGGAGUCGU